CAGGGAGCGUCGGUGCUCGGCCGGGAGGGCAACGGAGGAAGGCGGCGGGCAGCCGGGCCAGGCUUCCAGGGAGAGCGGAGCGGAGCGGCGCCUGCCCUGGGCGAUGAUCCGGCUGCGGGGCGCGCUGUGCUGGCUGGGCGGCUGGGCAGCGCUCCUGCUGGGCUGGCCGGCCGAUGCCGUGGCCGCCUCCGCCAGCCUGCAGCUGCCGCCCUGCCGGGAGGCCGACUACCACUUUGAGUACACCGAAUGCGACAGCAGUGGCUCCAGGUGGAGGGUGGCCAUCCCGAAUCCAGGAGCUGAAUGUUCUGGCUUGCCUGACCCCGUCAAAGGAAAAGAAUGCACUUUCUCUUGCGCCUCUGGUGAAUACCUGGAGAUGAAGAAUCAGGUUUGCAGUAAAUGCGCGGAAGGGACUUACUCGCUGGGAAGCGGGAUCAAGUUUGACGAAUGGGAUGAGCUGCCCGCAGGAUUCUCUAACGUAGCUACGUACAUGGACUCCACUCUUGGCUCAGCCGAGAGUAAAGCAGACAGCUGUGCCAAAUCUGCCUGGUCCCCUCGUGGGAAUUACAUUGAGUCCAACAGGGAUGACUGCACCGUCUCUUUAAUCUACACGGUCCACCUGAAGAAACCCGGCUCCCUCUUCUUCGAGUAUCAGUAUAUUGAUAACAACAUCUUCUUUGAAUUCUUUAUUCAAAAUGACCAAUGCCAAGAGAUGGACUCCACCAGUGAUAAAUGGGUGAAAUUAACAGACAAUGGAGAGUGGGGUUCCUAUUCAGUAACGCUGAAAUCAGGAACGAAUAUCUUGUACUGGAGAACCACGGGGAUCCUGAUGGGGUCGCAGGUGGUGAAGCCCAUCCUUCUGAAAAACAUCACAAUCGAAGGGGUGGCCUACACGUCUGAAUGCUUUCCCUGCAAACCGGGCACCUUUAGCAACAAAUCAGGUUCCUCCCUGUGCGAAAUCUGUCCAAGAAACACCUACGCAGAAAAAGGGGCCAAGGAAUGCACCAAAUGCCCAGAAGCCACCCAUUACUCAGAUGAAGGAUCAGGCCAAUGUCUGGAACGCCUUCCUUGCUCCAACAAGGAUUUUUUCCAAAUCCAUACUCCGUGCGAUUGGGAAGGAAAAACCCAGAUCAUGUACAAAUGGGUGGAGCCCAAGAUCUGCCAAGAGGACGUCUCCGAAGCGGUGAAGCUCCCUCCUUCGGGAGAGAAGAAAGAAUGCCCGCCUUGCAACCCUGGUUUCUACAACAACGGCUCGUCUUUCUGCACUCCGUGUCCACCAGGGAUGUUUUCCAAUGGAAAUCAGGAGUGCAAGGCCUGUCCUGCUGGCACCGAGCCAGUGCUUGGACUGGAAUAUAAGUGGUGGAAUACGCUGCCUCUCAACAUGAAGACUUCCUGCUUCAACGUUGGGAACUCCAAAUGCGAUGGGAUGAACGGCUGGGAAGUUGCUGGGGACCACAUCCGGAGUGGAGCAGGAGGCACAGACAACGACUAUCUCAUAGUGAACCUCCACGUACCUGGAUUUAAGACUCCCACAUCGGUAACAGGAGCGACGGGCUCAGAACUGGGACGCAUCACGUUCGUGUUUGAGACCAUCUGCUCUGCAGACUGCGUGCUCUACUUCAUGGUGGACAUCAACAAGAAGAGCACCAACGUGGUGGAGUCGUGGAGUGGGGCUAAGGGCAAGCAGUCGUACGCCCACAUCAUUUCCAAAAAUGCUUCCUUUACCUUCACCUGGGCUUUCCAAAGAACCAAUCAAGGCCAAGAUAACAGGAAGCUGAUCAACGACGUGGCCAAGAUCUACUCGAUCACCGUGAGCAAUGCAGUUGACGGAGUGGCCUCUUCCUGCCGGGCCUGUGCCAUCGGUAUAGAGCAGUCGGGCUCCUCCUGCGUCCCCUGCCCUCUUGGGCACUACAUAGAGAAGGAAACCAACCAGUGCCAGGCGUGCCCUCCCUAUACGUACCUCUCGAUCCACCAGGCCUACGGGGAAGAAGCCUGCGUCCCUUGUGGGCCUGGCAGCCAAAGCACCAAGGACCGUUCUGCCUGCUACAACGACUGCCUCUUCUCCUCCGUCAGGAACAACCGAAGUCUGACUUACGAUUUUAGUCACCUGGGCAGGGUGGGCUCCUUGAUGAACGGGCCGAGCUUCACCGCCAGAGGCACAAAAUUCUUCCAUUUCUUCAACAUCAGCCUGUGCGGCUCCCAAGGAGAAAAGAGAGCCAUCUGUGCGGACAACAUAACGGACAUCACGCUGAAGGAUAUGGUGGCCGAGUCAGAAGAUUACUCCAACGUGGUGCGGGCAUUUGUCUGCCAGUCAACCAUCAUCCCUCCGGACAGCAAGGGCUUCCGCACAGCUUUGGCCCUCCAGUCGACCAGCCUGGCUGACGUGUUCCUGGGAGCAACUGUUGAAACCACCCUGGGAAAUGUUAAUAUUAAGCCAGAAAUGUUUGCACCAUCUGAAACAAAGCUGCCUGAUGUUCAUUUUUAUUACAAGUCUUCGGGCGCUUCGGCCACGUGUGAAAAAGGCCGUGCAUCUGUUGUGAUGAUGAGGUGCAACCCCACGAAACCUGGCCAGGGAGAAAUCUCAGUUCCCAGUUCUUGUCCUGCAGGUACCUGUGAUGGGUGUUUGUUCUACUUUUUGUGGGAGAGUGCAGAAGCGUGUCCCAUGUGCACCGAGCAGGACUAUCACGAGAUCGAGGGUGCUUGUAAAAAGGGCCACCAGGAAACCUUAUACGUCUGGAAUGAACCCAAGUUGUGUAUAAAAGGGGUUUCCUUGCCUGAAAAAAAGAUUAUAAUCUGUGAAACGGUGGAUUUCUGGCUGAAAGUCGGGGCAGGGGUCGGGGCCUUCACAGGAGUCCUCCUCAUCGCCUUAACUUGUUAUUUCUGGAAGAAAAAUCAGAAAUUGGAGUACAAAUAUUCAAAACUGGUGAUGACGGCCAAUUCAAAAGAAUGUGAGCUCCCAGCUGCUGAUAGCUGUGCUAUCAUGGAAGGGGAAGACAACGAAGAGGAAAUUGUGUAUUCGAAUAAACAGUCGUUGUUAGGAAAACUCAAGUCCCUGGCCACCAAGGAAAAAGAAGACCGCUUCGAAUCUGUCCAGCUGAAAUCCUCCAGAUCUCAAAAUAUAUGAAGGUUCGAUUUUGCCCAUUGAGCCCAGUUUUUAUUUCCAGGGGACCAAUUCUUCAAACUUGUGCUGGACCACAUUGGAGGACUGGCUUCCUGCGUGAGAAACGUUGAGCGAUGGACAAAGAAAGCAACAGAGAAAAAGAAGAAGAAGAAGAAGAAGAAGAGGAGGAGACACUGCCUUAUUGUGAGACUCAGUUGCCAAAAGCAAAGCCAGCCCUUGGCAUCCUACGGCUGGCUCAACUCAGGGAAGGAGGAUCCAUGGAUGGCGUAGCCCGUUGGGUUGGCUCCGAGGCAGAAAAUCUGCAUGGCAUUUCCUUAAAAUAUACAGUAGCAAGAAAUUGAGAAACGGACAUUUUUUGGCCCUCCCCGCUCCCUCGGUUCCUAUCCUCCGUUCCAGACAUUGCUUCACUCUGUCCUGGGAGAGAAAGUCCUACCUGACACCAGGUAGAGACCUACCUGCGCAUUGCUCUGGCAUGGCCGAUGCUGCUUCAAGUUCCCUGCUGUCACCCACGUGAAACUGCUUGAGUCUUUGAACGUGGCCACCAGGCUCCCCCCCCCAUGAGCUGUGGCCUGCCGCGUUGAGUUUUCGUCUUGAAAUUGAAACAUCCAUCAAAUGCUUGAAACAGAAGAAUGGUUCCAUCUCCACUUUGGAAAGGAACGUGCUUGCUUGACCUAGAAAGCGAUGGUGGGAUCUUGGUGAAGACUGGGAAUCUAGUUUCUCUCCGGCAGAACCAGAUUCUUCUAGUGUGCAGAUACGUCCAAGAGGUGGACCACGCUCAAGGAUAACAGUGUCGCUCUCUGCGUGGUUAUCCAGAAGGGCAUCCCCUACUCCUCUCUCUUCGGUGGGACUUCUUCCCUAACAAGAAUGAUCCGAGCGUUGGUGCAGCUCACACUCAAACUUAAACCCGUUGGCUUUACACAACCCCUUCCUUACGGGGAUCCCUUUCCCCGUGAUUUUUUUCCCCGCCUUCAUCAAUCCUGUGCACACUCUUUUCAAGGGGUGUGUGUGAAACAUGGGGCUGUGAAGGACCUGGGUUUGUUAAGGAGGAAUUAGCUGCCUUGUAAAACACCGAUGGCCCAGCAGGGCUACCGAAGGUAGGAACUUCACGUCCACAUUCACCUGAAAAGUGUGAAUGCGGAAAGGCCGUUUUUGGUCUGUGCACACCUUUCUAGAAGCAGAGGGAAAUAAUCAGUGCAAAUUGGGCUUCAAAAAAAAAAAAGUGUCAAAAUCUUACUUCUUUUGCCCGCUUCUUCUGGGGGCGAACUCCCUGAUGCAGCAGAAGAAAUAUUCAAAUAUUCAAGGAGAGCAGAGGCAGCAAUUGAGUAUAAGAGCUGAGAGGCUGAAGGAGAAGGAAAGAAGGGAUAACUUAACUCAUGGAUCAUAAAAGCUUUUUUGUUGCUGCAGGAUCAUUUUCCAUCAGGUGAGAAGCCCCUGAAUGGUAGCCCAGGGCUGGAAAAACCACGGGGCCGUUUCGGUCUUCCUUAUGGCCCCUCCGUUCUUUGGCCAACCGUCCCACAUGUCAAAAAUCAGCCAUAAGGAUUUCCUAUAAUCUAUCACGUUUUUCCCCCCCAGAAUUUCCGACAUAAAGGCUAUUGAUGCAAAAAUAUCCAUCAGCAUAAAAACCAGGGAGAUAAAUUCUAGGAAAGAUACAGUAUGUUUUAUAAACGUAUAGCUAAAUUAUGGGUGAACAGUGGAUGGGGAUUUUAAAUGAGUUCUAAUAGGUUCUAAUGAGUUCUUAUAUAUAUUUAUCUGGGUGUAUAAUAUAAAGCACUGAAAAAAAUGAAGUGAGAGUACUGUAGUGAGGGUUUUUUAAAAAAAGAAAAGAAAAAAAGCCAUUCAUUUGCUGUGGUUUAUGAUAGACGUUUGAUGAAUAAUCCUUCUCUGAAUGAAACCGGAAUCUCAAACUGUAUACAGCAUUCGGAAUAAUUAUUCCAGAGUCCCAAUACUGGAUCCUGAAGAUUUAUGAAUCUUUCAUAGGAGAAAGAUAAUUAAAUUUAACAAAUGUGCUGCAGACAGUGGCAGAAUAUAAGAUUUCUCCUCUUUUCUGCGUGAGGAUCACAGAAAUUCAGGGAGGGUUUGCAAUCCCUCAUUGUUAAAAUUGUGUUGUGCCUCACCCUGACAAAUGCAGGCACACAAAAGGUGCAAAAAAACAAAACAAAAACAAAACCCAGCACAUUUUCUUUACCUUUGAAUGCUUGAACAAAACAAUCUUGUGCAUUUUUACUCAGAAGUUGGUUGCAAGGGGUUUCAGUGAGACUUACUCCAUAGUCGCUAUGCAUUGGAUAUAUAAUUAUAAAGCCCCCACCCCCUUUUUUUUUUGUAUAUUUGGUGAGCUUUUGUCUAUAACGUUUUCUUUAUUUAUUUGCUGUAACAGUUUGGGAUUCCUCGACUUACGACCAUAAUUGAGCCCAAAAUUUCCUUUGCUGAGAGAGAGAGAGAGUUCAGUGGAUUUUGCCCUAUUUUACAACCACCUUUCUGGCCGGUGUUGUUAAGUGAAUCACUGCAGUUGUUAAGUUAGUAGCAUGGUUGUUAAGUGAAUCCAGCUUCCCCCUUGACUUUCCUCGUCUGAAGGUUGCAAAAGAGGAUCAGGUGACCCCCUCCCGGGACACUGCAACCGUCAUAACUGUGAGUCAGUUUCCAAGAAUCUGAGUUUUGACCACGUGACCUUGGGGGUGCUGCAGCGGUCAUAAGUGUGAAAAUUGUCACUUUUUUUCCCCUGUUGUAACUUCAAAUGGUCACUAAAAAAGCUACCUGUAUUGCUCUUUACUUGACAGGCGUUGUGGUGUUACUAUUAUUAUUAUUUCUCUGUGGAACAUCUAAGGCAGGGCUCUCCACCCUUGGUCCCUUUAAGACUUGUGGACUUCAACUCCCAGAGUUCCUCAGCCAGCAAAGCUCUGGGAGUUGAAGUCCCAGAGGUUGUAAAAAAAGAGGUUGUAGAAAAAAUGCUU